GGGUCACGCAGAGCGCGCGGCCGGGAGCGGCGGUGGCGGAGGCGGUGAGGCCGCGGGCUGCGGGCUGGGAGCUGGACUCCGGCUCCCAGUGAGCGGAACCCUUCGCGGUGCUGAGCCCACCGCCGGCCCCGGAGCCAUGGAGAUCGGCACCGAGAUCAGCCGCAAGAUCCGGAGUGCCAUUAAGGGGAAAUUGCAAGAACUAGGAGCUUACGUUGAUGAAGAACUUCCUGAUUACAUUAUGGUGAUGGUGGCCAACAAGAAAAGUCAGGACCAAAUGACAGAGGACCUGUCCCUGUUUCUAGGGAACAACACAAUUCGAUUCACCGUAUGGCUUCAUGGUGUAUUAGAUAAACUUCGUUCUGUAACAACUGAUCCCUCUAGUCUAAAGUCUUCCGAUACCAACAUCUUUGAUAGUAAUGUACCUUCAAACAAGAGCAGUUUCAGUCGAGGAGAUGAGCGAAGGCAUGAAGCUGCAGUGCCACCUCUUGCAGUUUCUAGCACUAGACCUGAAAAAAGAGAAUCUAGGGUUUCUACAAGUUCACAGGAGCAGAAAGCCACUAAUGUCAGACAGACUUACGAUGAUGGAGCUGCAACCCGACUAAUGUCAACAGUGAAACCUUUGAGGGAGCCAGCACCCUCUGAAGAUGUGAUUGAUAUUAAGCCAGAACCAGAUGAUCUCAUCGAUGAAGACCUCAAUUUUGUGCAGGAGAAUCCCUUAUCUCAGAAAAAACCUACAGUCACACUUACGUAUGGUUCUUCUCACCCUUCUAUUGAAAUUUAUCGACCACCUGCAAGUCGAAAUGCAGACAGUGGUGGUGCUCAUUUAAACAGGUUGCAGUUUCAACAGCAGCAAAACAGUAUUCAUGCUGCCAAGCAACUCAAUAUUCAGACUAGCCGGAUAUAUGAAACAGGACGUUUGUGUGAACCAGAAGUGCUUAACAGCUUAGAAGAGACUUAUAGUCCCUUCUUCAGAAACAGCUCAGAAAAGAUGAGCAUUGAGGAAGAAAACUUUCGGAAGAGAAAGUUGCCUGUGGUAAGUUCAGUUGUUAAAGUAAAAAAAUUCAGUCAUGAUGGAGAAGAGGAGGAGGAAGAUGAUGAUUGUGGGUCCCGUACAGGAAGCAUCUCCAGCAGUGUGUCAGUGCCAGCGAAACCUGAACGGAGACCUUCACUUCCACCUUCCAAACAAGCUAACAAGAAUCUAAUCUUGAAGGCUAUAUCUGAAGCUCAAGAAUCCGUAACAAAAACAACUAACUACUCUGCAGUCUCACAGAAACAGACACUUCCAGUUGCCCCCAGAACUCGAACUUCUCAAGAAGAAUUGCUAGCAGAAAUGGUCCAGGGGCAAAGCAGGGCCCCCAGAAUAAGUUCCCCCAUUAAAGAAGAGGAAACAAAAGGAGAUAAUAUAGACAAAAGUCAAGGAACUCAGCAGAGGCAAUUGUUAUCCCGACUGCAAAUUGACCCAGUAAUGGCAGAAACUCUGCAGAUCAGUCAAGAUUACUAUGACAUGGAAUCCAUGGUCCAUGCAGACACAAGAUCAUUUAUUCUGAAGAAGCCAAAGCUGUCUGAGGAAAUAGUAGUGGCACCAAACCAAGAGUCGGGGAUGAAGACUGCAGAUACCCUUCGGGUACUUUCAGGACACCUUAUGCAGACACGAGAUCUUGUACAACCAGAUAAACCUGCAAGUCCCAAGUUUAUAGUGACGCUGGAUGGUGUCCCCAGCCCCCCAGGAUACAUGUCAGAUCAAGAGGAGGACAUGUGCUUUGAAGGAAUGAGACCCGCACACCACACUGCAGCCUCACACGAGGGACUCGCGGGUCUCCUCCACCCACAGCAGUUGCAGUUGCUGAGCAGGCAGCUUGAGGACCCAGAUGGUAGCUUUUCAAACGCUGAGAUGAGUGAACUGAGUGUGGCACAGAAACCAGAAAAACUUCUGGAGCGCUGCAAGUACUGGCCUGCCUGUAAACAUGGGGAUGAGUGUGCUUACCAUCAUCCUGUGUCACCUUGCAGAGCCUUCCCCAAUUGUAAAUUCGCUGAAAAAUGUUUGUUUGUUCAUCCAAAUUGUAAAUACGAUGCAAAAUGUACUAAACCAGAGUGUCCCUUCACUCAUAUGAGUAGAAGAAUUCCAGUACUGCCUCCAAAACCAGCAGUUACAACACCAGCACCACCUUCUAGUAGUCAGCUCUGCCGUUACUUCCCUGCUUGUAAGAAAAUGGAAUGUCCCUUCUAUCAUCCAAAACACUGUAGAUUUAACACUCAGUGUACAAGACCUGACUGUACAUUUUAUCAUCCCACCAUUACUGUACCACCACGACAUGCCUUGAAAUGGAUUCGACCUCAAACCAGUGAAUGACACCCAGUGCUACCUGGCAGAAGACUAUGAAGUUUGAAAGUUUCCAUUACUGAUGAAAGACAUUCUACAGAAUUUGUCAAAUCUUUGAAACUUGGAAUAUAUUGCUUUCAUAAUAAUGAAGUUUAUUGCCUAUCAUCUGAAGUGUCUAAUUUUUCAAGUUUGUACGUUUAUUAAGUGAUUUUAACAUUGGGUGUUUUUUUGUUGUUUUGUUUUGACUAUGGAAAGAUAGUUUCAGGAGAAGCCGAAUUCUAUUAAAACAUUUGAGGCAUGUUUGUUUGUGUGUGAAACUGCUGUGUUCAAGUAUCAGCAUUUACAAUGUUGGUGAUAUCAUUGUUUGUUAGUACUGAUAAUCCAGUUUCAGGCUACAGCGUUGCUGUGUGUGUAGAGAGAUGUAUGAGGGGAGUGUCCUUAUUCCAAAGUUGGAUUGCUGUUUUCUUCAACUCUGAAAACAGGAGUGGCCCAAAGUGUUGAGGUGGCUUAAAACAGUUAUUCAGUCCUACUUUUA